AGGUGUGACAUCAGUAUGACGUUAUCAUUCUCUCUACCGUGAGAAUGUACGAGGUGAUGCAGGGAGACACUACCACCCUGUCCUGGAGGCUACCCAGCCCCGGCCACAACGACGGCCCACAACAGAGCCCCUUCAGCGGGGAGGGAGGACCCACCAAGAUCCUCAAAGUCUGUUUUUCCACCAAUAACACCCUGGGGAAGAACUUCAAACUGGUCAAGUGUGACAGCUCCUGGAAGAUCAGGGCUAUAGUCCAGUCUAUCCUGACCAGUGGUAGACUGGGCCCUAACAUCCAGUAUAAAGGCUGCUAUGGUCUGCUGCUGAAGCACCUCAAGUCAGACGAGCUCCACUGGCUCCAUCCAGACCUGACCGUGGGGGAGGUGGAGCAACGCUAUGAGAGUCAUCACGUGGAGGCAGAGUGGAGGUAUGACCUGAGAGUCCGCUACAUUCCAGUCAACUUCCUGGAAAAGUUUAAAGAAGACAGUACUACACUGCUGUAUUUCUAUCAACAGGUGCGUAGUGACUACAUGCAGUACCAUGCCAGUAAGGUCAGUGAUGGGAUGGCCCUGCAGCUGGGCUGUCUGGAGAUCAGGAGGUUUUAUAAAGACAUGAAUGCUAAAGGUUUGGAGAAGAAGUCGAACUUUGAGUUACUAGAGAAGGACGUGGGGCUGAACCUGUUCUUCCCACAGGAGCUCAUUGACCGCAUGAAGUCUCGUCCUCUCCGGAAGCUGAUCACCCAGACCUUUCAGCAGUACGCUACUCUGAAGGAGGAGGAGUGUAUGGUUCGCUUCUUCAAAACGCUCACUGAAUUCAUCAACGUUGAUGAGGAGGUCUACCCCUGCGAACUGGUGCAAGGUUGGAGUCUGUCAGUGGAGCUGGUGAUUGGAGCCAGGGGUAUUCGCCAACGCACCCAUAAAGACUCAGCGCCUGUGUGUCUAGCGGAUUUCAAACAGAUCAAGAGCAUCAAGUGUUCAUCUCAGAGUGACGGCAAAGCCCUCCUCAACCUGGACAUAGACGGAGCCAGACAGCCUCUGUCUAUCAACGUGACUAAGUUUGCGAUGGCAGAAAACAUGGUGGACCUUAUUGACGGUUACUGUCGCUCUGAGCACGCCACUGACGAGUCGUUCAUCGCUAGACCAAACAAAGAUGCCAAUUUACGAAGUUCCCUGCCAGACCUUCCCACGAAUCAAACGGAGAACACGGACUCCUUCAGAUAUAGCAUGGGAUCUGACAUCUACGCUGAGAUUGACGAACGACCAAAGUCUGUGGUGAAGUAUGGAAUUGACAGACAUGACAUUGUUCUGGGACGGAUCCUUGGCGAGGGGUUUUUCGGGGAGGUCUAUGAAGGAAUGUACAAAAAAUCGAAUGGGGAGAGGCUAAGCGUGGCGGUGAAGACCUGUAAAGACUGUUCGCCUGACGUCAUGGAGAAGUUCAUGAGUGAAGCAGUGAUCAUGAAGAACCUGAACCACCCCCACAUCGUCAGUCUGAUCGGUGUCAUAGAGGCGAACCCUGUCUGGAUCGUGAUGGAGCUCUACCAGUAUGGAGAGCUUAAGAACUACCUGACAGAGAACAAGAACAAACUCACCAACAUAACGCUAGUUCUCUUCAGCCUGCAGAUCUGCAAAGCUCUAGUCUACCUCGAGGGAAUCAACAUGGUGCACAGAGACAUAGCGGUGAGGAACGUGCUGGUGGCCACAGCAGACUGUGUUAAGCUGGGAGACUUUGGCCUGUCGAGAUACAUUGAGGAUGAAGAGUAUUACAAAGCCUCUGUGACUCGAUUACCUAUCAAAUGGAUGGCUCCAGAAUCCAUCAACUUCAGGCGAUUCACCACGGCUAGCGAUGUUUGGAUGUUCGCGGUGUGUAUUUGGGAGAUCCUGAGCCAGGGGCAGCAGCCUUUCUUCUGGUUGGAGAACCGUGAUGUCAUUAACCAGCUGGAGCAGGGCAUCCGACUACCCAAACCUGACAACUGCCCUCCUGCCCUCUACUCCCUGAUGACCCGCUGCUGGUCCUACGACCCCCGCGACAGACCCUCCUUCACUGAGCUGGUUGUCAAGAUAAGUGACGUCCAUCGGAUGGAGAAGGAGCAGGAGGUAGAGAGAGAGAGAGACAGACAACGCUCCACCAAGUUCUUUGACGCCAAGAUCAACUUCAACGAACCUCCUCCUAAGCCCUGCAGGAUGAAACCUGGGGGUCGUUUUGGAAACGGUAUCGGCCUGCACAUUCAGCUGAAUGAGGCCCUUUGUGCCAGCUCUCCAGACCUGGCCAGUCCCUGUGACUACACCUCUCCUGUCGACUCCAUGAGCAACAGCUUGGUGGUUCCCAUGAUAUCUCCACGACGACGCAGCAUGGGGGAGGGAGAGUUGAUGGUGGAGCCGUCCAGUAAGGAGGACGCCCAGCGGUUGUGGCAGAUGGAGAGAGAGCGUAUGCAGGAGACGAUGAGACAUCAGAAACAACAGAUGAUGGAGGACAACAAGUGGCUGACCAAGGAGGAGAGACUCCUGUUACCAGAACCAGAGACUGGACAUGCCCCACCAGACAAGCCCCUGCAUCUCACUGGCCCUAAAGCCCAGGCCGGCCCUACAGCCCAGGCCGGCCCUAAAUCCCAGGCCGCCCCUACGACCCAGGCCGGCCCUACGACCCAGGCCGCCCCUACGUCCCAGGCCGGCCCUACAGCCCAGGCCGGCCCUACAGCCCAGGUCGCCCCUACAGCCCAGGCCCGCCCCACUGCAGAGCUAGACCGUUCAGAUGAUAAGGUGUACCAGGCGGUCAUGGAGCUGGUCCAGGUGGUAGUGCAGCUGAAGAACGAUGUGAACACACUGCAGCCGGAGGAGUACAUCACCGUCAUCAAGUCUGUAGGGCUGACCUUAAGGAGUCUGAUACGCAGUGUGGAUGAUAUUCUGCCGACCCUCCAUAAGUCCAUUAGGACAGAGAUCGAGGGGACCCAGAAGCUGUUGAACAACGACAUGUCAGAGUUGAUCAGUAAGAUGCGUCUGGCCCAGCAGAACGCCAUCACCUCUCUGAAGGAAGAGUGUAAGAAACAGAUGCUGACUGCAGCACACAACCUGGCCAUGGAUGGGAAGAACCUUCUGGAUGCUGUGGACCAGGCCAGGGUCAGGGCCAACCUGGCCAAGCCCAAACCGGAGACCCCAUAGUGGGGUAAAUACCCACGGGACACCCACUUCUUCUUCUUUUUUUAAACUGGAGGACGGGUCAGAGCCAAGUAUGUUGCGACUGAAUGGAUGGACUUGGGAGUACAGUGGUCAAGGUUUCAUUUUAAGUUGAAUUAAGUGUGUCAGAAUUAAAACUAUCAGAAAAGAUGACUUUCACAUUUUUUGGUUUUGUAAUUGGUGUUGUGAUUUCUGUAUCAUCUCGUGUCUUGAAUUGUAAUCGGUUAUUUUAAAUAGUUUCUCUAUCUGUUUAGGUAUCCAGGUUAAUUUACUUCUAGGUUAUUUUCACAUGUUUCUAGUAAUACUGGCCAGAUCAAUAGAUGUAUUCAUGUUUCUAGUAAUACUGGCCAGAUCAAUAGAUGUAUUCAUGUUUCUAGUAAUACUGGCCAGAUCAAUAGAUGUAUUCAUGUUUCUAGUAAUACUGGCCAGAUCAAUAGAUGUAUUCAUGUUUCUAGUAAUACUGGCCAGAUCAAUAGAUGUAUUCAUGUUUCUAGUAAUACUGGCCAGAUCAAUAGAUGUGUGUUGUUUCAUGGAAUGUGUAAUAUUUGUUUCUAGACUAAGAGUUUGACCAAAUAGAUAUAAUACCCAUUACCUUUCUGUUUUUACAUCAGGUUUGUAGUAUAUUAAAUUUAACUGACAGUAUUGUAUUUUUUUUAUUUAAAUAUAAGUAAAAUGAUGUUUUCUGUGCUAUGAUAGAGAAUUUAGGAAAGUUAGGAAAAUGCCAGUUAAUAUCCUGCACCCUUCAAUGUUUCCUCCCCUAUCUUGUAUUCAUCUGUAUCAUCAUGGAUAGAGACAAUGGACCGAUCUUAAAUAAACAUGUCAGACAGACACUGUGACAAAACAAGACCUUGGGGACUAUACAUCUUUAGUCAAAAAGGAAUUAGUUACAUAUAAUUGAUCUUUAGAUGGUAAUUCAUAUAUCUGUGAAAUUAUACUUUUUUUUUUUAAGUUCAUGUUAAGUGGGAAAAAAAAUGAAAAACUAGAAAAUUAUAUCUGCAUAAAGCCAUUUGAUCUUGGUGCUAUCUGCUAUCCAAUCACAAGCAUGAACCAAUACAGGCGAACCAAUCGGAACACGUCUUUACCAUCCCCUCCUAAAUAUGGUCUAGGCUAGUCUAGCCAACAAUAAUGGAACGCAAGCAACAAAACACACUGUUCGGUGAUGACAACAAGUACGCUAAUGAUCGUAAUACAUUUUAUGAAAGGUGUUCUGACUCUAUUUUAUCUAAAUAGGGUAUUCAUCUAUCAACUAUGUAUUCAACUAGCUACAGUCUUCUUUAAAACUUAGAUGUGUAUUAGAUUGAACCCAGAUUGACAUUUCAGAGCCAUAAGGUUCUAUCUACCUGUGAUUGCACCCCCCCUAAUAAAACUGUUUUUACAAAUGU